AUGAGUGAAACGAAAGUCAUCCAAGCAAGUGUUGGUUCAAUGAAAUGGAAAAAUGACUCCACUCAGAAUAUCAACGAAGCCAGAAAACUUACUAAAAAAAUCUCAAAUUCCUGUGAUGGGCGCGUUAAUGAAAAUAUUAAACCAGGAACAAGACAAAAUACGAUAACUUACACAAAUGAAAAAGUAAACCAGAAGUUUCGGACCCUGAGACAAAUAUCAAACUCAGCGCGGGAGUACUUGAUAGACAUCAACCAACAAAUCAGAUCGGGCAACAGAACCAUCGAGUUGCUUGAUAAAAGAGUGGCCAACAUCGAGAGGGACGAAGCCAAAAAUCAGAUGAGCGUGAAAAUUAGAAAAAAUAGACCAGCUGCAGAAAAGGAAGUCGACAACGCGGAUCUACUGCUAAAGAACGAAGCUAACACAUUGAAGGAGCAAAAACAAUUACUAAACAGAAAGAAGCAAAUCAUUAAAAACAUCAACUCGAAACUGGCAGGCAGUAAGGAACUGCUGACCAAACUAACAAAAAACCUCACCCCUUUCCUUUCAUUGACACCUGACAACACUCUCCCGCCAAAAUACGGAGCAGACGAUUCUAUUGAAGAUAAUGAAGGUGAUCCUUACAUGCAGAAAGAUUUUGAAAAGAUAAUAGAUGAGGCCACAAAUUAUAUAGCGGAAUCUAAAAUAUUGAAAUCCGACGCUGACCAAUGUAUGAAAUCAUGUGACGAACAGCUGGAUGAGACGAAAAAACAAGUGAACCAAGCUCUGAGAACAAAAGUUGUUGAAACAAAAAGUUUGCAGAAAGAAUUGAAGUCAGCCAUAGACGAGGUGCAGCAGCUGUCCAACAAGAACGUGAAAGCUUUCAAAAGGACAGAACAUUCCUGGCUAGACAUGAAGGGUCCUGAAAGUAGAAAUAAUGCGAGCGUCAACGAGAAACCUGACAGGCCUCUACUUAAAGCUUUCCAGCAGCCACUCGACAACCAUCCGGAAAUUUUCGGCCAAAAAAUCGGAUCGGACAAACUGAUGUACUCAAUGAAGGAAACAGUGGUCAACAUGGAGCAACUGAGAGUGGUCCAAGAAACUCUUCAGAGGGAUGUUCAGGGUAAAAAGCAAGGAGCCAUCAUCGACAGCCAGAUCAAAAUUAUCAGGAAUCAAAAAAUAAAACAUCCUAAAUUCGGAAUUGACGAAUUCUAUGCAAUUAAAUAA